UUAAGCCAAUUUUGGCAAUGUAGAAUCGGCUGCCUUCGGAAUUCAAUCAAUAUUAGAUAUAGACUCUCGAUUAUGCUGACAAACAUGCCGGAAACUCAUUAUCAGCCGAACUUAGAACUUUUUCACCUUUUCUAUUUCGAACACAUAAUAUCAAUUUGAUUUGUUUACACAUCAAACAUAAUCCAAAUAUUUUAAUUAGUAUUGAAUCCUGCUUAUAAGAAAUUGGAAAUGUGUUCUCUAAAAAAUCUUUUCGUGUCAAUAAUUUUUUUCAACAUUUUACGAUUGGAUCUUUGUGCAAAUCUCAAUAGCAAAAUCAUAAUGAAAGAUGCUAAAGAAAAAUAUAGAUUUUUGAUAACCGGCGGUUAUCGUCCUAAGAUAGAUAAUUUGGCAAAAUAUAUUGUCUCCAUACGAAGAAAAAAAUAUACAUGGUUUUUUGGAGAUGAUCACUAUUGUGGUGGCUCCAUAAUCUCACCCAAAGUUAUUCUGUCCGCAGCACAUUGCGUUUGUAGGGGCGAUAGCCGAAUAGAAUUGAAGCCAUUGAGACCGUCUGAUUUAUUGGUCGUAGCUGGAACUCCGAGGCGCUUGGUAGUUACUGAAAAAACACAAGCCUUAAAAGUUGAUAAAGUUAUUUGCCACGCCUACUACGACCCUAAGACUUUUCACAAUGAUAUUGCUUUGUUAUUGUUGAUAAAAAAUAUAUAUGAAGACGGUGUUUCAGCACAGAGGAUUAGUCUGCAAACCAGCUCAUUACCUCCUCAUACUAAAUGCACCGUGCUUGGCUGGGGUCAAAUUUUUACAAAGGGUCCGUUACCAGAUUUAAUAUUACACGCCGAUAUCUAUAUAAUGCCAAAUGAAUUCUGUAAAGAGAGAGCCAAUGAUUUUUUUUUUGGCAUGAUGUGUGCCAACGAUGAGAAUGAUUUUGAGAAAGAUUCGUGCGUUGGUGAUUCGGGUGGUCCAUUGAUAUGUAAUGGCAGUGUAGCGGGUAUUGUAUCAUUUGGUUAUGGCUGUGGUGCACCCGACGAGGCAGGUUUUUAUACUAAUGUGUCUUCGUAUCGUGAUUGGAUUCGUAAGAAUGGACUAGAUAAAUUAAGACCUGUGAACUAUAUUUUGCUAAUUGUAUUACAAAUUUGUAUAACGGAAAACUAGUGAUUUAAAUAAUACGCAUAUUAAUUGAAAAUAUUUCUGUGUAAGUUUUAAAUUUUGAAAAUAGCUUAUUUUGUUUCUAUCUAAUAAUAAAAGGAUUGUGUCGAAUUCUAAGCACA